AUGACAAUAAACGUCAACCUGCGUGUUCAGAGUGUCAGCCCCAGCCUCUACUCCACUCUAACCAGGCCCCAGCCUCUACUCCCCUCUACCCAGGCCCCAGUCUCUACUCCCCUCUACCCAGGCCCCAGCCUCUACCCAGGCCCCAGCCUCUACUCCCCUCUACCCAGGCCCCAGCCUCUACUCCCCUCUACCCAGGCCCCAGUCUCUACUCCCCUCUACCCAGGCCCCAGCCUCUACCCAGGCCCCAGCCUCUACUCCCCUCUACCCAGGCCCCAGCCUCUACUCCCCUCUACCCAGGCCCCAGCCUCUACUCCCCUCUACCCAGGCCCCAGCCUCUACUCCCCUCUACCCAGGCCCCAGACACCACACCCCUCUACCCAGGCCCCAGCCUCUACUCCCCUCUACCCAGGCCCCAGCCUCUACUCCCCUCUACCCAGGCCCCAGCCUCUACUCCCCUCUACCCAGGCCCCAGACACCACACCCCUCUACCCAGGCCCCAGACUCUACUCCCCUCUACCCAGGCCCCUGCCUCUACUCCCCUCUACCCAGGCCCCAGCCUCUACUCCCCUCUACCCAGGCCCCAGCCUCUACUCCCCUCUACCCAGGCCCCAGCCUCUACUCCCCUCUACCCAGGCCCCAGACACCACACCCCUCUACCUAGGCCCCAGACUCUACUCCCCUCUACUCAGGCCCCAGGCUCUACUCUCCUCUACUCAGGCCCCAGGCUCUACUCCCCUCUACCCAGGCCCCAGACACCACACCCCUCUACCCAGGCCCCAGACUCUACUCCCCUCUACCCAGGCCCCUGCCUCUACUCCCCUCUACCCAGGCCCCAGCCUCUACUCCCCUCUACCCAGGCCCCAGCCUCUACUCCCCUCUAUCCAGGCCCCAGCCUCUACUCCCCUCUACCCAGGCCCCAGACACCACACCCCUCUACCUAGGCCCCAGACUCUACUCCCCUCUACUCAGGCCCCAGGCUCUACUCUCCUCUACUCAGGCCCCAGACUCUACUCCCCUCUACCCAGCCCCAUCCCCAGCUUCAGCCCCAACCCCAGCUCCAUCCCAUCCCCAGCUACAGCCCCAACCCCAGCUCCAUCCCCAGCUUCAAACCCAGCUCCAUCCCAGUCCCAGCCCCCAAUCCAGCCCCAACCCCCACUCCAUCCCAUCCCCAGCUCCAGCCCCAACCCCAGCUCCAUCCCCAGCUCUAGCUUCAAACCCAGCUCCACCCCAGCCCCAACUCCAUCCCAUCCCCAGCUCCAGCCCCAACCCCAGCUCCAUCCCAUCCCCAGCUCCAGCCCCAGCUCUAGCUUCAAACCCAGCUCCAUCCCAGUCCCAUCCCCCAAUCCAGCUCCAUCCCCAGCUCCACCCUCCAGCUCCAACCCCAUCCCCAACCUCAACCCCAGCUCCAUUCCAAGCUCCAACCCCAGCCCCAGCCCCAGACUCAACUCCAUCCCAUCUCCAGCUCCAGCCCCAGCUCCAGCUCCAGCUCCAUCCCCUCCCAUCCCCAGCCCCAAACCUUCUCUAAUCUAA